UACUGGAAACGGAGGAGAUCCAGAGCUGCAGCUACAUCUGUUUUUGGUUCCCCUAUAUCUCUUCUCCGACGAUAUCGUCAACCUGUAUAGCUAGAUCCAGCUGCUAUUCAAACUUCAAUCAAGUUUUACCUCAAAUUAAUUGAUUAUAUAUACAAAUUGGAUUGAUAUCAUCAUCAUCGAAGAAGAAGAAGAAGACGACAUGGAUAGUCGACGUUUCUUGUGGGAACGCAAGCAGCAAGUAGCACCGACUGAGGAUCAGAUUAACAAGGAAGAAGAAGUUGGAGAUCGUGAUCAUGAGAGUCAAAUUAGUAGUAGCUACAGAUCAGACGAGUGGUCCAACUCUAACCUUCAUCCUCAUCAUCAACAGAUCGUAGGGUCUGCAACUCCUGCAGAUGAUAUUUAUGGCGGUUUCAUCCCCCAACAUUCAACGCAUCAUCUACCUCCUCCGUCGACGAUGAUAAUACCUCAACCACAAAAUCAACAACCUAUUGCACCACCUGAUGAUCAUCGUCAACAAGAAACAACUAGUACUGUUCGAAGACAUUACAGAGGAGUUCGGCAAAGACCAUGGGGAAAAUGGGCAGCGGAGAUACGGGAUCCCACCAAAGGUGCACGUGUUUGGUUGGGUACAUUUGAAACAGCGGAGGGUGCAGCCCUUGCUUAUGAUCAAGCCGCACUUCGCUUCAAAGGUUCCAAAGCCAAACUCAACUUCCCUGAACUUGUAAUUCAAGGCCACUCCGAGCUCCGUUAUAUCACCACUCCAAGUAGUAGCAGCCCUAAUUCACAACCACCACCAGCAGCAGCAGCAGCAGCAGCAGCAGCAGCAGCAGCAGCUAGUGGUGGUGGAAGGUCAAGGCCUCCAGAGGAAUUAGCCAUAGCCACCAAUUAUCCAGAUCUUGUUCAGUACGCCCAACUUCUUUCCAGCAACGAUGCCCAAUUCCCUUACUUCACCUCAGCUCUAUAUCGUCAGCAUCCUAAUUACCAAUCUUCUUCUACUUCUAAUGCCUCCUACUACAAUCUUGAUUACAAUAAUCCAAGGGAUCCAGCAGGUGGGUCUGAUGCAAGUUUAGAACAGUGGAAGGAGGGCCGUGAUCCCAACCAGAAGUGAGCAGCAUGGAUCUGUAGUGGUAGAAUAAAUGCAUUUUCAAUGGUCAUUAAAUGAUCGAAUUGCAAGCUCAGGUUAUGGUUAUGGUCAUGGGCAUGCAGAUAUGAGUUCACAAAUUAAUUUCAUUUGUUUUCUUAAUUUGUACCGCUCCUUGGGAUUAAUGAUUGCUGCUAAUCAUUUUCAAUAUAUGUUUUUAUUCAUCA